AUGGCUGCGCAGGUGCUCAGCCUGCUGCGGGAGGUCUCGCGGCUGGAAGCCCCUCUGGAGGAGCUGCGCGCGCUUCUUUCCGUGCUGCAGGCCGUGCCGCUCAGCGAGCUCCGAGAGCAAGUGGCGGAGAUGCGCCUCGGCCCGCUCUUCUCCCUGCUCAACCAGAACCAUCGGGAACAGACGACUUUGUGCGUAUCCAUCCUGGAGCGAUUGCUCCAAGCUGUGGAGCCAGUGCAAGUGGCCCGGAACCUCCGAGUUGACCUGCAGAGAGGGCUGACUCACCCUGAUGACUCCGUAAAGACCCUCACUUUGUCCCAGGUUGGAAGAAUUGUUGAAAAUUCUGAUGCCGUUACUGAGAUUCUAAAUAAUUCUGAAUUGCUAAGACAAAUUGUUUAUUGUAUCGGUGGAGAAAAUCUUUCUGUAGUUAAAGCGCUAAUUGUGGAGAUUUCUUCUGUGUCACCAGAAUCCUUAAGCUACUGUGUCACCAGUGGACUGAUAACUCAGCUCCUCCGGGAGCUGACUGGGGAGGAUGUGCUGGUCAGAGCCACCUGCAUAGAAAUGGUGACGUCCUUGGCAUAUACUCAUCAUGGACGACAGUACCUAGCUCAAGAAGGAGUAAUUGACCAGAUUUCUAAUAUAAUUGUCGGGGCAGAUUCUGACCCUUUCUCUAGCUUCUACUUGCCAGGAUUUGUGAAGUUUUUUGGAAACCUCGCUGUCGUGGAUAGCCCUCAGCAGAUUUGCGAACGUUAUCCUGUCUUUGUGGAAAAGGUUUUCGACAUGGCAGAAAGCCAGGACCCCACCAUGAUUGGUGUAGCAGUGGACACAAUUGGAAUCUUAGGAUCUAAUACUGAAGGGAAACAGGUUUUGCAGAAAACAGGAACUCGCUUUGAACGUUUACUCACAAGAAUAGGACAUCAAGCAAAAAAUGCCUCAACAGAGCUAAAAAUCAGGUGUUUAGAAGCAAUUUCAUCUCUUCUGUAUUUACCACCUGAGCAACACACCGAGGAUCUCCUGAGGAUGACGGAAGCCUGCUUCUCCUCCCUAUCUCAGGACUCACUGGAGCUCUUCCGGGGCAUCAGUAACCAGCCCUUCCCUGAAUUGCACUGUGCUGCCUUAAAGGUGUUUACGGCCAUUGCAAACCAGCCCUGGGCUCAGAAACUUAUGUUUCAGAGUCCAGGUUUUGUAGAAUAUGUGUUGGACCGGUCUGUGGAGCAUGACAAAGCUUCAAAGGAUGCCAAAUACGAACUGGUCAAAGCGCUCGCCAACUCCAAGACAACUGCAGAGAUCUUUGGGAACCCGAAUUACUUGAGGCUCAGGUCUUUCCUGAGUGAAGGUCCGUACUAUGUAAAACCUGUUUCCAUGACUGCAGUGGAAGGAGCAGAAUGAUUUCUUCUAGCACUUAAUCGAGAGGACCCGUUUUGGACCAGAACGUCUCUGAAGGCGCUUGACUCCAUCUGUAUUGUAUAAAACAAAGACUCCCCUCCCCUCCCGGAAUCAACGCGGAGUGCUCUACUAAGACCUACAGGGUCACUGUGAGUCAGUAUUGACUCAAUGGCAAAGUUUUGAUUUUUUGAGUUUAAUCACCAACCUUAUUUUAUUUUUGUUGGCUUGCUUUUACAUUGAAAUACAAUACGAAAUCAGGGAUUUGGCGUGCACGAAGAACAGACAAGUGGGUCUUCAUUAAAGCAGGUAUCUUCUCAAGGAUUUUUGAGUGCCAUUAUCUUUGCACACAUGGGAGGAAGUUCUGCUUCUCCUCGCCUCUCAGAACACACCCGUGGACAUGCCCUCUCUUCGUAACCUCUCCACAAAACGGAACCACACUGACUUCUGGACUCUGUAACCUAUUUUCUUUUUGGCCAUUUCCCUUCUUAAUCCAUUUGCAAAGUCUUGGUUAUAAAUGGUCUCCGAAAACUGGUAUAGGAACUGAAAAUUAUGUUCUCUUUAUACUAAGACUAAAUCUUUUUAAUUGUCUCCCUUGUUUUUAUGUUACUAUUAUUUCUUUGAAAAGUAAACAAAAAUCUGAAAAUACGA